AUUCAAUGUCAGAAACGAGGGAAAGAGAAACUAGAAUACAAUACAGUUACUAAGUAAAUAAAACCAAAAGAAGAAGAAGAAGCUACCAGUCCAAGAAGAUUUGGAACGGUUCAGAUUUUAUCCCAAGUAAGCUUUGAAGUAAAGGGAACAGAAUCCAGAAAAGCGUGUUUAACAAGAUGUUUCCUAGUCCCUGUAGUCUUUGGUAUUAUACAUAAGAUGCGAGUUGUAUUUUAUCACUAGUUAUUAUAGCUCAUUAAAUUGCUAUAAACCUCUUUAUCUUCUCUCGGGUGUUUGGUCUCUCUCUAUCUCUCUUAAUUAACCAAGUGAUCUGAUCCGGCACGAUGGGUGGAAGUGCAAUGGAUGACGAUUGGGAGUUUGCUUCACCAUCAAAUGGGGCUCGAACAAUUGUUUUAGUUGGACGCACAGGCAAUGGAAAAAGUGCGACUGGUAACAGUAUUCUUGGAAGAAAGGCCUUCAAGUCAAGGGCUAGCUCAUCCGGUGUUACCAGUAGUUGUGAAUUGCAGAGAACUGUACUGAGAGAUGGUCAGAUUAUCAAUGUCAUUGAUACUCCUGGACUUUUUGAUUUUUCUGCCGGAUCUGAAUUUGUUGGCAGAGAAAUUGUCAAAUGUAUUAAUAUGGCAAAGGAUGGGAUCCAUGCUGUCCUAGUAGUUUUCUCAGUUAGGACCCGCUUUUCACAAGAAGAAGAAGCAGCCCUUCGCAGCUUACAAACUUUGUUUGGAAGUAAGAUACUUGACUACAUGAUUGUAGUCUUCACUGGGGGAGAUGAGCUUGAAGAUAAUGAUGAGACUUUAGAAGACUAUUUGGGUCGCGAGUGUCCACAGCCUUUAAAGGAAGUUCUCACACUGUGUGAAAAUCGACGAGUUCUUUUUAAUAACAAAACUAAAGAUGUACUUAAGGGAGUUGAGCAGGUGCAGGAGCUUCUAUCCCUUGUAAACAGAGUCAUAGAACAAAAUGGAGGCCAACCAUACAGUGACGAAUUAUUUGCUGAAAUACAGAAAGGGGAAAUGAACUUCCGUGGUCAACAAGAAGAGGUUGAUUCCUUGAAAGGGAAUUUUUCUAUAGGAGAAAUAUCAGAGUUGCAGGAGCAGAUGAAAAGGCAAUAUGAAGAUCAAUUGAAACGAGUAACUGAUAUGGUUGAGAUGAAGCUUAAAGAGGCAACUGGUAAUCUUGAGCGGCGGUUAGCAGAAGAGCAAGCUGCACGAUUACGGGCAGAAGAGAGCGCACAAUUAGAGCAAAGGAAAUCAAACGAAGAAAUUCGCAUGCUUAGAGAGAGGCUAGAGAAGGCUCACGAGGAGCUCCGCAAUAAGGGAGGCUGUGCCAUUCUAUGACACAAGUGAGAGACCAUGUUCAAUGGGGUGAAAACGGAUGAGAUUAUUAUUAUUAUUAUUCUGUUUGUUGUUUAUAUUAUGAUUUUUGCAGUAUUCAUACUACAAAUGCGUCUAAUAGUACUUGAUGCUUGAAAUGAUACGGUGCCCCAGUGUAAGUGCUUACAAUGGUGUUUAACAAUGUUUCAAGUGAAGCAAUAUUACUCAUAA